AUGAGUACGGGAGGAGACAAUACCCCACUGUGGGGCGGUCAACAAAUUAGUUAUCCACCGUUCGAUUCAUCUUGCCUCGCCAAUCUGAUGGACUCGUUGGCCCUAGGCACUACGUUCCAGUCAUACACAGGAUGUGACUUUACUCUACCAGGCUAUAGUGAAAUAAUGCCUAGGUCGGAGUACCAAAUUCAAGGUGUUCCUCUCGAUGGCACAAUGGUAGAAAAUGCAUCGAUUUGUAACGCUCUGUAUCAGCAACAAGUUCAAGUGAUGUAUAGUGAUUUACAGAACUCCGUACUGUCUCCAGAUGGAAGUUGUUGCUCGGCAGUAACCGAUGAACUCGGCUGUAAUCCCACUUACCAAACAAUACCGAACCCGAUGAAUCUCGGUGAGGUAGAUUUCAUGAACACCCAGCAGCCGUAUCAGCAACAAAUUCAAGUGGUGUAUAGUGAUUUACAGAACUCCGUGCUGUCUCCAGAUGGAAGUUGUUCCUCGGCAGUAACCGAUGAACUCGGCUGUAAUCCCACUUACCAAACAAUACCGAACCCGAUGAAUCUCGUGGAUAAGAAACCCCGCAGACAGCGCCGAGAUGGGACGGAACCACCUAAGCGUAGACGGCCAACUGGCUGUUCCAACAGCGAGUUCAAGUGCGAAGAAUGUAACGCUUGCUACGUCAGUAAAUGCGGCUUGAGCCAGCAUACGAAGUGGGUUCAUGGCUUGGAGCUGGACUUUCCCUGCGAAAAGUGUGGAAAAAACUUUUCAUCGGAAGAAAAGCUUACCACUCACCGAAAACGGCACAAUCAAGCGGACAAGCCGUACAAAUGCGAUCAGUGCACGCGUCAAUAUAUGCAUAAAAAUGAUUUAAAACGUCAUAAGUACAAGCACAGUAACAAUGCACCGUUCGCGUGCAACCAGUGCGACAAGCGUUUCAGUCGUAACGAUCAUCUGGCUCUUCAUCUGCGGACUCAUGAGCGACGUGCCAUUAGGUUAAUGCAGCAACGAACCAUUUACCGCGGCUAA